AUGGUUGCUUCAAAAGUGUUUAGACCAUUUAUUGCUUCAAUGCGUAAAGCACACAACUCUGGUAGUAUAGUUAAGAGUGAAGGACAAACACCUAUGGGUCCAGUUCAUGAUGGUUAUGCCGGAGCUCGCCUUCCAUUUUCCGUAACUAAUAAAUGGGCAUUUGCCAUAAAAGCUACACUUUUCCUUGCAGUUGGAUUUUGGACCCCAUUCGUUGCUGUUGAAUAUCAAUUACGUAAAGCAAAUGGAUAA